AUUGCCCUUGUGAUGUUCAUUUGAGUUAGAACUAAAACAUCAAGUGGAAGACACGGCACAUAGAACAUACCCCUUUUCCGUGUUUUGCGUUGCAGCCUUUGGAGCCUAAUGUCACCACAGCCCAUUGGCAGUGUUUUGGCAAGAAAUUCAAGGGCCGACUCUGACUCUGCAUUGUAUCUUUACCCCUGAAAUUAGUUAGUCAAAGUUAAUAUGGAUUAGGCUAAGUAUUUUGCAAUCCAACCUCAGAAGAAUGUAGCCGGGGAUUCACAUCUGCCAUCUGCCAAAAGAUAAUACAUCAUGUAUGUAGCCGAGUAUUACCUCAAAACUGGCCAGAUUAAGUGAAACAGAAACUUCCUGAAAAUUCUUUGAUUUCUAACAUAAUUCAUGAGCAUGCCUGAAAAUUCUCUUGCGCCAGUGCAGUACCCGAAUUUGCAAUCCUACAAAAAUUCUCUUUAGCAAGCCUGUGAAUUUGGCGUCCCUUCUUCACAAAUUUCUAGCAAUGAGACGAAACCCCACUCACCCAAUUGCCCAAGCGUUUUCCUUGGGAUUACUCAAAACAUUCAGGAGAUGCAUGAUUAUCUUUCGUACAAACAUUCAGACCCCGGUCCAAGCACCCGUAGUAAAUUAUUAGACUACUCUUUGUCAAGAUUUCAAGAACAAGAAGAGAAAGAAUGCAAUUUCCAUCUAAGACUUUCAAAUAUCAGUUGCAGAAGAAGUCAAGUUUGCAGCAGUUGUGUAGUGAUGUAUAUAUACAGCACCAAACUCAAAAAUCAGUUAAAACUCCUACCUGACUAGAAGACGCACUUAGACUAACAGAGACAUCCUUUACAAAUGAGAGUUAUAAAUCUGCAGCAUUUCUAAUUUCUUCACUCUUCUGAGAUUUCAACACUUCUAAAUGGUGGGGAUAAAAGAUAAAACAGAAAAAACGAUAUUUCUGAUUCUGAAUGAACUAAACUAGAUGUCCUUCUCCCACUCUAACUCUAUUUAUUAACAUUAAUUAAAUAUCCGACCAUCUCCUAUUCCUAUUUACAUUUAAUUAACCAACCUUACUAUAUAAAGGUCCCUGCAAAACAAGAAACAACAAAUACAAACCUCUUCCUUUCAAGAUUUCCUACAGCUUCUGGCUUACUCUGCGUAUUGUUUCACCUCUCUGUAAAUUGUGUUUCCAUGGCCGAGGCUGGGCUUCUUAAUUUUCUUGGCCACAAGAAUGAUCAUCACCCAUUCUUGUUCUCACCCAAUGAUUCUCAGUCUCAGCCUAAUCAUUUCCUGCGGAGGAAUUUGAUUUUUGGCAAAGCGAAUAAUUACCAGUAUAUGAACGUGAUCAGUCAUGGGUCUUACGGCGUUGUGUAUAAAGCAUGUGACAAGAGAACAGGCGAAAUCGUGGCCAUGAAGGAGGAGUGUUGCGGAUUGUCUACGACAACCUUGAGGGAAAUCGGCAUUCUCAAGGCUCUUCCUCAGCAUCCUGCGGUUGUGGAAUUCAAAGAAGUGGUUCUAGAUGAUUGGGAUCGUGUUUUCGUCGUAAUGGAGCACGUGGAAAGCGACCUGAAAAGAUUCAUGGACGUCAGGAGACAGCCGUUGCGUCCAAACGAAGUGAAGUGCAUGAUGAAGCAGUUGCUGGAGGGCGUCAAAUUUCUGCACGACAAUGGAGUGAUGCAUAGGGACUUGAAGCCAUCAAACAUUCUGAUCAACAAAAAGGGUGAAGUGAAGAUAUGCGACUUUGGUCUGUCUCGGCAAUUCGAAAGAGAAUGGGGAUGCUACACUCCUCGUGUUGUAACUCGUUGGUAUAGAGCCCCAGAAAUCCUUGCUGGAGCGGAGACGUAUUCAACCGCAAUCGACAUGUGGUCAGUUGGUUGUAUAAUGGCAGAAUUGCUGUUGAAGGAGGUGCUUUUCAAAGAGAAGUGUGAUGUUGAGCAGAGAAGCAAGAUAUACACGUAUCUUGGGCGUGGCAAAGCGGACGACAAUCUGUUUAUAAGCAAGUUUCUUACAGCUGCAGCCAAUUCAGGAGCUCCAUUGCUUACGGAACAUGGAUUUGAUCUGCUGAAAAAGCUUUUGGAGUAUGAUCCAGAUAAGAGAAUAACAGCAGAAGCUGCUUUGAAUCACGGCUGGUUCAAGGAAUUCGAUCCUUACUUUUUCUGGUUUAGCAAUAGGCACCACUCAUACCAUUUGGCUGACAAUUGAAGCCUCAAACAUUUCUUGUACAAA